UUCAGUUGAAUUUCAGCAGCAAUGGAGCUCGUAAGUCUAGAUGAUUACCAGGAAAAGGCUUGGAGUCUGCUUCCAAAAGGCCCUUUGGAUUACUAUCGAAGUGGUGCUGGUGAUGAAUUUUCUCUUCGACUCAAUAGAUCUGCAUUCGAUAAAAUCCGACUCAGGCCAACGUUUAUGAAGGAUGUUUCGGAAAGAUCAACUCGGACAACGGUUAUGGGACUCGAUUUGGAUAUGCCCAUUGCAAUAGCCCCUACAGCAAUGCAGAAAAUGGCGCAUCAUGAAGGUGAGAUUGGUAAUGCUAAGGCAGCGGCUGCUUCUGGGGUCCUGUUUACUCUGAGUACUAUUGCAACGACUUCAAUUGAAGAGCUUGCCGAAGCUACUCCUGAUAGCAACAAGUGGUUUCAACUGUAUAUUUUCCGUAAUAGGGAAAUUGCGAAAAACUUGAUAAGGCGUGCUGAGCAAAGUGGAUACAAGGCUCUUGUUUUGACCGUUGAUGCUCCAAUUUUCGGUUUACGGAGGCAGGACCUUAGGAACGCCUUCACCUUGCCAAAUCAUCUUCAGCUGGCAAAUUUUGUUGGUGAUCAAGCUACGAGUGUUCAUCAUUCGCACGGAAAAUCAGGGAUUAAUGAAUAUGUUAUUACUCAGUUUGAUGACUCAUUAACUUGGGAGGAUCUCAAAUGGCUCGUAAAGUUCACUAAGCUUCCAGUCAUCGCUAAAGGAAUUUUAACUGCUGAAGAUGCUGUUACUGCUGUUAAAUGUGGUUGCCAAGGGAUCAUUGUUUCAAAUCAUGGAGCUCGACAGUUAGAUAGUGUCCCAGCUUCGAUUGAAGCUUUGCCAGAAAUUGUAGCUGCUGUAGGAGAUAAGGUUACCGUGAUGAUGGACGGUGGUAUCCGACAGGGAACGGAUGUCUUUAAGGCCUUAGCCCUUGGAGCUAAAUUGGUGUUUAUUGGCCGUCCCGCAAUCUGGGGCCUAACUGUUGCUGGCCAGGCAGGUGUUGAAAAUGUUUUAAAGAUUAUCAAAAACGAAUUGGAUAUAUGCAUGGCUACUGUUGGAUGUGCAUCAAUAUCUGAAAUAUCGAAAAAAUACGUAGUUCACGAAAGUUACUACAGUCGGUUGUAAACGUUGUAAAUCUAAGGUUGUGUUUUUUUUAUUUUAAAUUCAAAAUCGUAAGGAUUUACAAUAAAAUUUAUUUACGCAUA